AUGCUUGUCGGCGUUGCACCUCGCAGCAGCUUUCUCGCCCUCACCCCGCUUGGCUGUUCCGCCAAGGUUGCGUCUGCUCGUGCGCUCCCUCAGCGAAUUGUCGCCAUGACUCUCAAACUUUACACCUCCCCGCACAACAAGAACGCGUACAAGGCGCUGAUCGCGGCGCAAUUUGUGGGCGUGAAGAUUGAGACCCCUGCCUACCAGUGGGGCGUCACGAACAAGUCGGAGGAGUUUCUGAAGCUCACGCCCAUCGGCAAGAUCCCUCUCAUUGUCACUCCGGAUGGGCCAAUCUUUGAGAGCAACGCCAUUGCUAGAUACGUUGCCAGGCUAGCGGACAAGGGCCUGUUCGGGUCGAAUGCGUACGAGCAGGCUCAGGUGGAGCAAUGGAUUGACUUCGCCACCAAUGAGGUCGACACUCCUGUUACCCAGUGGAUCGGGCCUCUCUACCAGUAUGGCACCAGGAUUCAAGAGGUGGAGGAAAAAGCCAUUGUGAACGCCAAGAGGGGACUCGCAGCACUGAACUCGCACCUCGCCGACCACACGUACCUGGUGGGGGAGCGGGUGACGCUCGCUGACAUCAUCACAGUGUCGGUGCUGACGUCACCCAUCCGGGGCCUGUGGAGCGAGGAGUUCAUGCGGGAUUACCCCCACGUGCAGCGCUAUUUCUUCACGCUGGUUCACCAGAAGCAGUUCAAGGCUGUGAUCGGGGACGUGGAGCAGAUUGCCAAGGUGCCCACAGAGAUCGUCAAGUGGGAGGACUCGCCCCUCUUCAAGCUCAUGAAGCCCAAACAGGACGACAAAGCAGCAGCACCCGCAGCAGCAGCAGCAGCGGCACCAGCGGCAGCAGCGGGAGGGGGUGAAGUGGAGGAGGGGGCACCCAAGCCCAAGGCGAAGAACCCUCUAGAUCUGCUGCCUCCAAGCCCCAUGGUGCUGGAUGCGUGGAAGCGGCUUUACUCCAACACCAAGGCAAACAACUUCAGAGAGGUGGCCAUCAAAGGCUUCUGGGAAAUGUUCGACGCGGAAGGCUACUCCCUCUGGUUCUGCGACUACAAGUUUAACGACGAGAACACGGUCAAGUUCGUGACACUUAACAAAGUGUCAGGGUUCCUACAGCGCAUGGACCUCGCGCGCAAGUACGCGUUUGCCAAGAUGUGCAUCCUGGGGCCGGACGAGGGCCCGUUUGUGAUCAAGGGCGUGUGGCUGUUCCGCGGGAGCGAGGUGCCACCGUUUGUGAUGGAGGAGUGCUAUGACUGCGAGUUGUACGAGUGGAGCAAGGUGGACCUGAGUGACGAGGCGCAGAAGGAGCGUGUGAACGCCUACUUUGAGGAGCCCGAUGAGGUCGAUGGGCUUAAGCUGCAGGAGGCCAAGUGCUUCAAGUAA